UGGAUGAGCGUUGAUGGGCGUCAUGCUCUAUAACCGCGUGUGAAGCCAGGGGCCUUGACGGCUCUAGGUGGGUCUCGUAUUCUGUUGCCAUUUGUGGUUCAAAUCUUUCGGUUGUGCGACAACCUUUUUCCACGGUUGAGUUGUGCGUUGCUUGGGCGCAGCACCAGGACCGCCGCACCAGUUGCCACGUCGAGCGUACGCAUGUCAAGGUCGAGGUCGCCGAGCUAUACCCCGACGCCGUCGCUGCAUCCUGGCCGCCAAGUGCCAGCUCGUGUGAGCCACCGCGUCUUCGUCAACGGGGUCUCGGUUGCAGAGGGCAUGUCGGCCGACUCGAGCAGUGCAGGCCGCGUGAAGGGCGUGUUCACUCUGGUCAGCGUGCCAGGCAUCAGCAGCGGGAUCCACCUUCCAGGCGCCAGCGGUGUCAGCGCUCCAGGCGGCGCGGCAGCGGGGUCAGCGGUCCAGCACGGCGGUCGCAUGGUCAUCGACAUCGAACACAUCGCUGCGCCAUCGACGCCGCCAGAGCUAGUGCCCAUGCUCGAGGAUCCAGCCAGCAAUCACCACCUCACAGAUCUCCGCAGGGCGCGCCUUGCGCUCCACUUCGCUGUCGGACUUGCUGGCCGCCCUUCAGCAGAGCAGGAGAUCAACAGCGGCGUGGACAUGGGUGAUCAGCACUUGGGCUUGACGACUGCCGAGUGGCGCGAGCUCCAGACCUUGGUGCCGCGGGUCGGCGACCUCAUCGGCACCGCGGCGACCUGCCUCGAGGGUGACACCAUGUCGAGGAUCAAGAUCGGUAAGGACCGCAACCUCCUCAGGGGCAGUCGCAAGGUGCUCGCUGACCUUGCUGAGGCUUUCGCCCAGUUGGACGGCCCGCAAGAUGUGGCGG